CAUUCUACUUACCCUGUCGAUCUUUAUUUGACUUAGACCUGAAUGAAUAUAGUUGACGUUAUCAAUCGUCUUCGAACUUUUGUCCUUGUCACUCUAAUUUACCAAUCCAACUUCUUCUAUCGCUCAUAUCUGACAGACAAUCGAUAAGAAAUUAGGGAGGUUUGAUCUUCGAGCAAAGAUGGAUUUCAUAAAGAAUCUUGAUACGGACACGUCUUUAGCCAUUCUUUCGUGUCUAGAUGACCCAUCAGAUCUUGUCCGUGCCAGUGCUGUCUCUCGCUCCUGGCGACACUUUGUGAUUAAGCAGAGUCUCUCCAAGAACCUGUGCUUGAAGUUGUUCCACCAGCUAGCUAGUGUGGAUCGUAUACUAGAAACAAGCAAUGAAGAGUCCUCAGGGUCAAGCAGCAGUGUCAUGGAGGAUAAUACAACAAGGCUACUAGAAAGAGAGCACAGGGUUUAUGCCUUAUUAGCUAAAGGAUGCACGUCUUCUCCUAUCAAAAGCUGUGUUGAAGAUGCCAUUACGGCGUCUAGUACUGAUAGGCUCCCAGAAGAGAGCAUCUUGAACACACUCGACGAAAGAGAGAGAAUUGGUGGCACACCUUCGUACUGGUCUAGCUCAGGACACCACAAGACUUCCGUGCCAGAAACACUUGUUUACAAGCUCAAGGGUGACUUGUGUGUCAUUACUGAACUCAGCAUCCAGCCUUUCCAAGAUUUUUUUGAUCCCGGUAGACCGAUAUACUCUUCACAUUAUGUUCGUUUCCGGUUUGGUCACUUGGAUAACAAGUCACAUGAUAAAAACAACUAUGUAUGGACUUACACUUCACAACAGUUUCCCAUGGCUCAGGAAAAUCGAUUGCAGAACUUUCAGCUUCCAGAGCCGGUUCUUUGCAUUGGUGGGUUUAUGCUAGUCGAGUUUCUAGGUCGAGUUCAGAGAUGUGACAUUGAUGACUUAUACUACAUAUGUGUGACGCAUGUCAAGGCGAUGGGAAGAUCACUAACAAAAUCUUUUAGGGUGGUGGAUCCGGAUGAGUCAGGGAAGUUUGGGUUGAAGGUGUUGAGUUACAGUGAUCCACAAAAAAUGAAUGAGAAGGAAGAAGAAGAGGCGGGGCCAAGUGUGUUUAGGCCGAUGAGAAACCGAAACCUUGAACAGCUCGUGAACUUCCUGCACAGGCAUUCUACAGACGUCCAGUAUGUGUGGCCUGAAUCAGAUGAGGAUGAUGAAUCAGACGAGGAGGAGGUUUAGUGUCUGAUUUGGAGUGUGGGGGGGGGUUUCCUAUUUAAUUGUGGCUUUGCUUCUGUUGUUAAAUAAUCAUAGAGGUGCAUGAGAGCGGUUUUAAAAGCUUCUCUCCCUCCCUUACAGUGUGUUGUAAAGGUUGCCGAGUGUUGUGACAAUACUACUCGUUAUGUAUUAUAUGUUUGGUGUAAGUUUCAUUCCCUUGGUUA